UUUGGGGGCUCUACUAUGCUGUAUUCUGCGAGGUUUUGAGCUGUACUGGGAUUUAAUGUCCUUACUCUCGUGGGGUUGGGUUGAUGAUGCGGAUGAUAAAACUCGGUACUCGUCAUUGAGACUUUCAUUUGUUGAUUUCAAGACCCAUUAUCGGAAAGGAAAAUUCGACGCAAUGUCACGUUCAAUUAGCUUCUUACUCCACUUAAAUAGCGGGUGCAGUUCAGGGGUCGAUUUAGAUUCUCUCCUUCAAUAGAUUUAGACGGCCACACUAUGAAAGAUCUAAGGUCGAGGAAAUGGGAAGUGGUGUCUACACCUGGAAAUGAAGGAAAGACAGCGUUGGAGAGCUGAAGAGGACGCCUUGUUACGUGCAUAUGUAAAACAGUAUGGCCCAAGGGAGUGGCACCUUGUGUCUCAGCGCAUGAACACACCCCUUAACCGUGAUGCCAAGUCCUGCUUAGAGAGGUGGAAGAACUACCUGAAACCAGGUAUAAAGAAGGGAUCCCUGAGUGAGGAAGAACAGCAUCUUGUCAUACAGCUUCAGGCGAAACACGGCAACAAAUGGAAGAAAAUUGCUGCUGAGAUCCCAGGCCGUACGGCUAAGAGAUUGGGGAAGUGGUGGGAGGUAUUUAAAGAGAAACAGCAAAGGGAGCAAAAGGAGAACAAAGGUGCUUUACCAAUCGACGAGGGGAAAUACGAUCAUAUAUUAGAAAACUUCGCCGAGAAGCUAGUGAAGGAGCGAUCUACCCCGGCACUUCUCAUGGCCACAGCAAACAGUGGCUUCAUUCACACCGAUUCACCUGCUCUUGCUCCAGCUCUUCUACCUCCAUGGCUUUCGAAUUCUAAUAGCACCCGGACUCUGAGGCCUCCUUCACCAUCAGUAACCCUAAGUCUCUCCCCUGCGACAGUUCCAGCAUCUCAACCGAUCCCGUGGCUGCAGGCAGAUAGAGGACUUGAUAAUGGUUCUCUCUCACUGACCGGUUUGCCUAACCACGUUCCACCCCCUACUUCCGGAGAAAAUAUGUUAAUGUCUGAACUUGCUGAGUGCUGCAAGGAAUUGGAAGAAGGGCACCGUGCUUGGGCAGCACACAAGAAGGAAGCGGCAUGGAGGUUGAAACGACUGGAGUUGCAGUUGGAGUCGGAGAAGGCGUGCAGGAGGAGGGAGAAAAUGGAAGAGAUAGAGGCGAAGAUCAACACUCUCAGGGAAGAGCAGAAAGCUUCUUUGGAUAAGAUUGAAACAGAAUACAGAGAGCAGCUGGCAGGAUUGAGGAAAGAUGCAGAAUCCAAGGAGCAGAAGCUGGCUGAACAGUGGGCAGCGAAACAUAUGCAGCUCUCUAAGUUGGUUGAGCAAAUCGGGUUUAAGCCCCGUAUUGCUGACCACAACAGGCAGUGAGUUUUACCGUGAUCGGUAGUCCUUUAUAGACACGUUUCUUUCUUAUGCCAAUCAUGUUAUUCAAGUCUGCUUAUUAAAAUUCUGAGACUCCCUUUUCCUACCCGACAAACACCCACCUUUACGUAUAUUUCAAUAACAUUAAAGAGCUUUCCAUCCUCAGCGAAGUCCUCUGAGACCUCUGUAUGGAAAUAUACCGGGCAAACUGCCUUCAUAAGUAUUUAUCACUUUGUUGUC